AUGUCAGUUGCGACAAAAAGACGAUUUAUGCAGAACAAAGUCGACUCCGAGUACUUUGAGCCGAAGGAGGGUGAUAGAAUAGCCAUGGUACGCUCAUCAAGAGGGAACAACUUACACGAGGUAGAAGAUGAAUUUGGAAACAUUUAUCUCGCGUCGAUGCCGCUAAAGUUUCGGAAGUCGGUGUGGGUGAUGCGAAACCAGUUUGUUGUCUUGCAACCCAUCGAAGAAGGUGAUAAGGUGAAAGCAGAAAUCGAUCACAUCCUUGAUGAAGAAAACGUGCUGCAUUUGCGAGAAAAGAAAAUUUGGCCGGAAAGAUUCGAAGCACAAGCCAUUCAGAUGACUCGAAAUGCUAAAAAGGGUGUCGAAGAGAAAACUGAGAGCAAUUGGAUAGAUGAUGAUAUGUUACCUUCUAGUGGUGAAGAUUCAGACGAAGAGGAAGACACAGAAAGUGAAUCAGAGCACGAACAAAAAGACGAUAAUGCGAGUAAAUCUGGAACAUUCGAACAUUAUAAUCCAAACCGAAAAAAUGUGCCUGGGCAUUUA